UAAAUACAGAGAGUGAUGGUUGGAAGAGGGGACGGGGUGGCAAGGACAGUGGGAGGGCUGAAGUGAAAGAGGCAAAGCAGGCAAACAGUUUACAUCAUUAUUCCAGAAAGAUCCACCGCUGACUCGUGUGCCAGGGGCCGUCGGUGCUGCUCUAUUUAAGUGCGCAGGCAGAAGAGGCAGCAGUUUUCUGAGUGCUGCUAAAGCCCAGACACAAAAUGGACAUCGCCAUCCAGCAUCCCUGGUUCCGUCGCUCCUUCUGGCCAUCCCUCUUUCCCAGUCGGAUCUUUGACCAGCACUUUGGAGACCCCAUCUCUGAGGCCGAAAUGAUCCCCUCUCUGUAUUACCCACGACCUUCCUUUUUCCGCUGGCCAAGCUGGGUGGACAACAGCCUUUCUGAGAUGAAAAUGGAAAAGGACCAUUUCUCCCUAAACCUGGAUGUCAAACACUUUAAACCAGAGGAGCUGUCGGUGAAAAUCAGUGGAGAUUUCAUUGAAAUUCAUGCUAAACAUGAGGAUCGACAGGACGAUCACGGUUUUAUCUCACGGGAGUUUCUAAGAAAGUAUCGUGUCCCUGCUGGUAUGGAUCCAGCCUCUGUCACGUCUUCCCUGUCUGCGGAUGGGGUUUUAACCGUGACAGCCCCUCGCAAACACACUGAGGGCCCAGAGCGCACCAUUCCCAUCACCCGUGAAGACAAGGCCGCCGUGGCUGGGUCUCAGAAGAAGUAAAGCUGCUAGACUUCCAUGUUUCAACUUUAUGUCCUUGUCUUCUUCCUGUUACAUUACAAGGGAAUAACUUAUUAGCUUUUCCUGACAGGCCAAAACUUAUGCUGUCU